AAGCGCAAGCUUCGUUCAAGUUUACCCAAGUUUAUAAUCAAGUGUUUUUGUUUUUAUUUUAUAUUUAAUUUAUUUAAAAUUUUUAUUUUAAUUUAUUGAUCCGCGAGCUCUCUGAUUAGAGAGUUUAGAUAAACAAAAUUAUUGGUUUCUUAUCGUUUUUAGUUUUGUGUUCGAUCAUAGAAAAAACCGUUAUGAGUGGAUAAAAAUGUGCUUGUUUAUGGAUUAAUGUCUGUAUAUAUUUUAUCAUUGUGCGGUUCUUAAACAGUUGGAAAAAAAAGGUGUUGUAGUGAGAAAAAUUUAAAAUGGGAAACAUAAGGUGGCGAAGUACAAUGGCCUCUGUGAUACUAGCGACAGCGGUUAUUUGCUUAGUUUCUCGUGUAAGCAGUCAGGAACAUCCAUACUCUCUAUCAGUAUCCAAAAAUGACAUAACUGUUCUUGUGAAUUCCAAAGAAGAAGUGGAUUUAAUGCUUCAUGGAACAUUAAAUCAGAAUAUCAGUAUCACUUUUAUCAAACAACACCCGGAGCUCAUUGAUAUCGAGCCUCCUGUUGUAAAGUUUGAUGUCAACAAUCCAGCUAAUGCCACUUUUAAUAUCCUUGGUCUUAAGCCAGGAUCAGUGGAUAUUUCAGCUUCAGCUCAACCAAAUGAAACAUGGAUCAUUCGAGACAUAUUCAUGCGAGUUAAAGUUGCCAAUUCUAUGCCAAUUGUUUACAUCUCAUCCGUAUUUGGUUGGGUUUAUUUCAUCGCAUGGUCAAUAUCAUUCUAUCCACAAAUUUACACAAAUUUCAAACGCAAAAGUGUGGUCGGCUUAAAUUUCGACUUUUUGGCGUUAAAUUUCAUUGGAUUUCUUCUAUACAGUAUUUUCAAUAUUGGUCUCUAUUGGAUUCCGACCAUGCAAGCUGAAUAUUUUAGCCGGCAUCCGCGUGGUUUAAAUCCAGUUUUAGUAAAUGAUGUUGUAUUCUCGUUGCAUGCUAUGUUUGCAACGAGUAUUACGAUUUUUCAAUGUUUUAUUUAUGAGAGAGCGGAACAAAGAAUUUCAAUAACAGCUCGUGGCAUUGUUACAGUAUUUAUUUUAAUAGUUGUGAUAACGGCCGGUUUGGCAUGGGGAAGUGUUGUGCAUUGGCUGGAUUUUCUAUAUUAUUGUAGUUAUAUUAAAUUAACAAUAACGUUAAUUAAAUACAUUCCACAGGCCGCCAUGAACUAUAGGCGAAAAAGUACAGUGGGUUGGAGCAUUGGAAAUAUUCUUCUGGACUUUGUCGGUGGCACACUGAGCAUGCUCCAAAUGAUCCUUAAUGCAUAUAACUAUGAUGACUGGGUAUCAAUAUUUGGAGAUCCAACCAAGUUUGGUCUGGGUCUGUUCUCGGUACUGUUUGACAUAUUCUUUAUGCUGCAGCACUACGUAUUUUACAGACAUUCAAAGGAAAUAACAAUUUCCCAAGUGACAACUGUCGAAGAUCUCACUGAGAUUAAAGAGGACAAUAGUUCUGAGAAACGAUAUUAAUUUAAACAAAACAAAAAAAAUAGUGUAAAAGAACUAAUUGUUUCUCGUGUAAAUUAUUAUUAUUCUUUAAUUUAAUUUCAUUUAAAAAUAAUUUUAUUUAUAAUCAUUUGUAAUUAUUAUUAUAUAGUAUAAUUUUGUUGUAUAUUUAAUUUCGUUUUAUCUAGUUCAUUAUGUUUGUUAGUUUUAUUGUUAAAGUUUUAAGCAGAAAAAAAAGUUAAAAAAAAAAAGAUUUAUUUAAAAAAAAACUGUAAUAAAUUGCUUUUUUAUUUGUUCCA